GCUGAUGAUUCCUUCUUCCCCUCUGAUGGAUGCCGUUCCGAAGGGCUCACAGGAAUCUAUUUAUCUUCAAAAUACAACUCUCCUACUGAAAGUAACGCCACAGUAGCUGUAGGUUUAUUCGCGGGAGAAGCAUUAGAUAGCAAAACUGGCGCUGCUGGUGGAGUGGAUGAUGAACGGCCACGCAAUUUUGUACACUGGGGUCACUUUGGCCUUCUGGACGACCAUCCUGAUCGUCGGUAUUUGCUAUACAAUAUUUGACCUUGGAUUCCGAUUUGAUGUAGCAUGGUUUUUAACAGAGACUUCCCCCUUUAUGUGGGCUAAUCUUGGAAUUGGCCUGGCUAUUUCACUGUCUGUAGUUGGAGCUGCAUGGGGGAUUUACAUCACUGGAUCCAGUAUCAUAGGUGGUGGAGUCAAAGCCCCAAGAAUCAAGACCAAAAACCUUGUCAGCAUUAUUUUUUGUGAAGCUGUUGCCAUUUAUGGGAUCAUCAUGGCAAUUGUCAUUAGCAAUAUGGCAGAGAGCUUCAGUGGCACAACUCCAGAGACUAUUGGGGCAAGGAACUACCAAGCAGGCUACUCCAUGUUUGGUGCAGGGCUCACUGUUGGCUUUUCAAACCUCUUCUGUGGCAUCUGUGUCGGCAUUGUGGGCAGUGGAGCUGCCCUGGCAGAUGCUCAGAAUGCCAGCCUCUUUGUCAAGAUCCUCAUUGUUGAGAUUUUCGGCAGUGCCAUUGGACUGUUUGGAGUGAUUGUAGCUAUCUUGCAGACCUCAAAAGUAAAAAUGGGAGAUUAGAUGACUGCAAGACCUACAUAUCAAAGAUGCUGUGUUGCUGGUGCAAAUGGAGAGUGUAAAUACAUAGUAAAUUAUUUAAAUGUAUUUGUCUGUUUUUAACCAUCAUUUUCUGAAGAUUGAAAUACUGUAUGCGCACCAAUUUGUCUUAAAAGUGCAUGGUGAUGUCAAAUGCAGAUCUUUGACACAUUUUCACACUUUGUUUGGAAAUAAAUUAAACAUCUCAUAAUUCUGUAAAUUAAAGUAUGAAAAUAUCUAAAUGUUUUUGGCCAUAUAUGUCAUAAAAGUUUCAAAUUUAAAUAUUAGAAUUGUGAGUUAUUUUUUAUUUUUUUUUAAAUCAAGAGGUAUUUUAUUUGUUAAAAAAAUUACCCUGUGUAAUGUAACAAAUUAUCCUGUAACAGACUGUCCAUAGACCCAAGAUUAGGGUCCGUUUUGAAAAAUAAGAUGUUAUGUUCAUAAUAAUCUCAGAUAACAAUAUAUAGUUCGAUGUGAUUGUUCUGUACAGUGCAGGAAAGUGAAAAUUGCAUAAGUGGUUCUUUGCAUUGAAUGGCUGUAAAUUGUGAAGUAUUCUCUUGAUCACUUUAUGCAAGAAGUCCUUGUUAUAGUGUGAACAGCACCUGGGAAAUCCAGUGUGGUUGACCUGAUUUCACUAUGUGUUGCAUUGUUUAAUGUAACUUCUGAAUUCAAGUAAAUGCUAUAAGAGAUAGUUAUACCACAAAAAAUGUAAGUAUAAAAUGAAUAAAUAAAAUCUUAUUUCUACCAGUGUAAACCCUCACUUUUCGAAGGGCACUCUUCAGUUCUGGUUGGUUAAAAGUGAGAGGAUAUAGUAAUCUGAUGUGUGUACAUAUUAAAAGAAAUAGUUUUUUGUGAAGCAUGAGGUUGUUUACCAUUCUGUAUUUUCCUAGCUGCAUGUUGUCUUGUGAUUUUUGUUUACUCUGUACUUUGUUUUUUAUUUUAUUGCAAGCAAAAAGUGCUCUUGGUUCCCAGGACACUGUGGCAAAUUCGAAGCUGUAUGAAAGAUAUGUCAAAUUUAUCUUUGCUGCUCAUCUCAGUUAUACCUGAAAAUGAGUGUCUUGAAGGCAAUUACAAUGUUCACAUGUAAGCAGGCGAUUCUGUUUUGGAUCGAUAUUAAUUGGCUAUAGGUUGUCUUUACAUAUUGUGAAAAUUCUAGCUGUACUCCAUCUGAACCACUGCUUAUAGAAAUCAUCAUCAAACUUGGCCUUUUUUUAGCUUUUCUGAAAUGCUUUUUCUAUUAUGUAUUUGUGAAGUGGCGGUACAAACUAAACCUGAUGAUUUUACUAACCCCUAAAUGCACACACUUCAAAAUCAAGAUCUGUUUUGAAGCUUAAAUGUCUGGUGUUUUACUUAAGAUCCCAUCUGUAUAGCUCUAUGGUCUUGUGAAUAGUUCCCUGAUGACCAAAAUCCUCACUCAUUUACAAGCAGCAGUCCUACACGGGGACUGCGUUGUGCUGGAUUACUUCAUGUUUCGUUACAUCUGUACAUGUUUAUUUUGAAACAUUCCAAAUGAGAGCUGGUUGUAACACUUUGGUGGGCUUCCAGGACCUGGAUUGGCUGUCACUAGUGAAGUGGUUCAGGAGUCUUAUGGAAAACAACCUCUUACCCAUGUCUCCUGUUUCAGUGAUUGUGUUAAACAUGUUAAUGUGGUGAUUCCAUUGUUUUGAUGUGUACAAGUGGAUCCUCUUGACUUCAUCAUUGUCCUUGAAGAAAUAAAAGAUAUGUGGA